UUAACUGUGCACGGACGGACAAACCGCCACCGUCGUGAGAGAGAACAUAUAUAUACGUAUAUAUAUAUAUAUAUAUAUAUAUAUACAUACAUACUUGUGGUGCGUCGUCUUCGUUGUCGUCCCGUAGUGCCCGAUUAUCGACGCAACUGAGAAGAAUAUCUUGGUCGAGUUCACGCAAGAGUCUGCUGUCCACAAGGCUUUCGCGUCUGACUCGGAUGAGAAAUCUCCUGGCGAAGAACAAACUUACCGACGACUAAGAAGACUUUCAUUUUUCGUUUUUCUUCGAGAGACUUCAAACAAGCAAUAUCGUUCUAAAAUGCCAGCUAGAUUCGACAGUAUGAACACACACUUGGUACGCGAACCAAUGAACGUCACUAAUGGCACACCAUAUCUUAUCGACGAUGACGUCGUUAUCUCCGGCUUCUCAGGCCGACUCCCCGAAUCGUCAACAAUCGAGGAGUUCAAAGAGCAGCUAUUCCAGGGCGUCGAUCUGGUGACCGACGAUGAACGCCGUUGGCCAAAGAACGUGCACGGUUUACCGGCUCGAACCGGCAAACUCAAGGAUUUGUCCUCGUUCGAUGCCACUUUCUUCGGCGUUCACGCCAAGCAAGCCAACGUUAUGGAUCCUCAGCUCCGUAUGCUUCUUGAGCUUACUCACGAGGCAAUUAUUGAUGCUGGUAUUAAUCCUGCCGAGAUUCGUGGCACGAGAACUGGAGUUUUCAUUGGUGUUUCCGAUUCUGAGUCUGAUGAGUAUUGGACUGCCGAUCCUGACAAAGUUAACGGCUACGGGCUGACAGGCUGCUGCCGUGCGAUGUUCCCCAAUCGCAUCUCGUACACGUUUGACUUCAGCGGUCCAAGUUUCGCUCUGGACACGGCGUGCUCGUCGUCACUCUACGCCAUGCACUACGCGAUAACGGCAAUGCGAACUGGCCAAUGCGAUGCAGCGAUCGUGGGUGGUGUUAAUCUUCUGUUAAAGCCAACAAGUUCAUUGCAGUUCCAUCGUCUCAGUAUGCUAUCUCCUGAUGGUGCCUGCAAGGCAUUCGACGCAUCUGGCAACGGUUAUGUUCGCUCAGAAGCUGCAGUGGUCAUUUACCUACAAAAAAGUCGAGAUGCGAGAAGAGUAUACGCGACAGUGGUCAAUUCCAAGGUUAAUACCGAUGGCUACAAAGACCAAGGUAUCACUUUUCCCAACGGCGCUAUGCAGAACAAAUUGAUGCGGGAAGUGUACGACGAAGUUGGUGUCAAUCCUGCGGAUAUUGCUUAUGUCGAAGCCCAUGGCACGGGAACCAAAGUUGGCGAUCCACAAGAGGUCAAUUCGAUUGCCGAUCUAUUUUGCAAAGACAGAAAAACACCGUUGUUGCUAGGAUCUGUCAAGUCCAAUAUGGGUCACUCCGAGCCAGCUAGUGGUCUCUGCUCUAUCGCCAAAGUUCUAAUUGCCAUGGAGAAAGGAGUUAUCCCUGCUAAUCUACACUUCAAAAAUCCUAACAAGGAUAUACCUGCGUUAUCAGAUGGUAGCAUUCGAGUUGUCGCUGAGCCUACACCGUGGAAGGGUGGACUUGUUGGUGUCAAUUCCUUUGGUUUCGGUGGAGCAAACGCACAUGUAAUUCUUAGGAGUAAUCCGAAACCUAAGAUUUCACCGAUGCUUGAUGUCAAUGUGCCAAAGAUGGUCACGGUAUCUGGAAGGACCGAGGAAGCUGUUGCCAGUCUACUCGAUGAGGCAAAAAGGAACGUAAAUGAUGACGAGUUCAUCUCGCUAUUGCACAGCGUACAUGCAUUGAACAUUUCUGGUCACUCGUAUCGCGGUUAUCAAAUCCUCGGUGAUGCAGAAGAACGCGAAAUCUCACAAACAACUGGUGACAAACGCCCAGUGUGGUACGUCUUCUCUGGCAUGGGUUCGCAAUGGGCCGGUAUGGGCAAGGACCUUAUGUCGAUCCCUACAUUCCGCGAUAGUUUGCGUCGUUGCUCCGAGGCACUCAAACCAUACGGAGUUGAUCUGAUGCAUCUCAUUCUCAACGGCACCGACCAAUCCUAUGAGGACGUACUUUGCAGUUUCGUUUGUAUAGCUGCUAUUCAAGUUGCUCUCGUCGACGUAUUGUCAAUGCUUGGUAUCUCUCCCGAUGGGAUCGUCGGUCACUCGGUUGGAGAAGUUGGUUGUGCGUAUGCCGACGGUACUUUCACCGCAGAACAAACUGUAUUAGCUGCUUAUUGGAGAGGAAGGAGUUUGAAAGAAACAGGUCUGCCCAAAGGAAUGGGUAUGGCUGCUGUGGGACUCAGCUGGGCAGAGGCUAAAGAGCGAUGCCCAACUGAUGUUUUCCCUGCUUGCCACAAUGCCGCUGACUCGGUGUCUAUAUCUGGACCCUUGGCGUCCAUUCAAAAAUUUAUUGUUCAACUUAAGGCUGAAGACAUCUUUGCCAAAGCUGUGAACAGCUCCGGUGUGGCAUUCCACAGCAAGUACAUCGCUGAUGCCGGACCAAAACUUCGUGCUAGCCUCGAGAAGAUCAUUCCUAACCCCAAGCCAAGGACUUCAAGAUGGAUCUCAUCAUCCAUUCCAGAAUCUGCAUGGGGCACACCAUUGGCCCAGCUCAGUUCUCCAGCUUACCAUGUGAACAACCUAUUGUCGCCUGUGCUCUUCCAAGAAGCUCUCGCUCACAUCCCAGAAAACGCAGUGGUCAUCGAAAUCGCCCCACAUUGCCUACUUCAAGCGGUUCUUCGUCGUUCAUUGCCAGCGACAGUGACGAAUGUUGGUUUACACAAGCGUGACCACAAGGAUAAUAUGAUGUUUUUAUUGACAAAUAUCGGCAAGAUCUACAACGCCGGCGUUCAGCCUCAGUUAAGCAAGUUCUACUCACCAAUAAGCUACCCAGUUGGUCGUGGUACUCCAAUGCUCAACUCCAUGAUCAAGUGGGAUCACUCGGUCCAAUGGGACGUCGCUGACUUCUCCGGCAAAAACUCAAGAGCUGGUGAAAGUAUCGUUGAAGUUGAUCUAUCCAAAGACACAGACGCUUAUCUCGCCGGUCACACAAUUGACGGCAGAAUUUUGUUCCCUGCCACUGGUUAUCUCACAAUCGUAUGGAAGACCUUCGCUAAACUUCAGGGCGUCGAGUUUGAGAAACUACCUGUUGUCAUAGAAGAUGUGCAGUUCCAGCGUGCUACCAUCAUGCCGAAGGAUGGUUCAGUCAAAUUCCUGAUCAAUAUCUUUGAUGGUACCGGUGACUUUGAAAUUUGUGAGGGUGGCUCCGUCGCUGUUACUGGUAAAAUCCGUAUACCUGAAGAUGUCAACAAGGAGCAGUUGAACCUACAGCCGCCGUCCAUACCAUCGAAACCCGAGCUUCUGGAACUCAAAACCGAGGAUAUUUAUAAAGAGUUGCGUUUACGUGGCUACGACUACUCUGGCAUCUUUCAGAGUAUCGUUAGCUCGGACAACUUUGGUAACGCCGGCAAACUCAUGUGGAACGAAGAUUGGAUCUCUUACAUUGACACCAUGCUGCAGUUUAGUAUUCUCGGUAAAAAUACCAGAGAUCUCUAUCUUCCCACCCGUUUGCAGCAGGUCAUCAUCAAUCCUAUCGUUCACAAGGAGCUAAUCGAGAAAGCUGGUGAGGGCCGAGUGUCUUUGCCUGUUUAUUCAUUUCCCAAAAUCGGUGUGAUCAAAUCCGGUGGAAUUGAACUAAGAAACAUGAAAGCAUCUUUAGCACCCAGAAGGCAGCAAACUCAAGCAGCACCCAAACACGAGAGAUACACUUUUGUGCCAUACGACAACUCCCACGUGCUUGUCGAAGAUCCCGAGCGCUCAAAACUCCAUGCCCUUACAGUUCUCCUACAGAUUGUAAGAGAAAACAUAGGUGGAAUUAAAAUCAAGGUUAUAGAGAUCACUGGAGAAAGAGCUUCCGAAGCUCUUAUGACCCCAACCGUUCUUGAUGUACUUUACAACGAACCAAUGUUAAGCGUUGAUCUUCAAAUUGCUACUACGUCACCCGACAGUCACGCUGCCUUUGUUGACCAGUGGAAAAUAAAAGCCAUUUCUAAGGAUGUUCAAACAGCUCCAAUAGGUCAGGACUUGCACCUGGUGUUGGCUGCCGAUUUGCUGAGUAACAACCAAACAGCUGCGGUAAAAAACCUCGGAGAUUCUCUAAAACCUGGCGGCUUUCUCAUUUCCGAGGAGACUGGAAGUCUCACCUCGAAUGCAGCCAAGAAAGCAGGUUUAGUAAUUGUCGGCAAACAAAUUGUUCCGGGUAAAAGUUACGUGUUGAUGAAGAAACUCGAGGACAUCUACCAGCCCAUCAUCAUACAAAUAACCGAGAAGAAUUUCUCUUGGCUUGAGGGUGUUAAAGCUGCACUUAAAAAAGCUGAGUCCGAACAACAGAAAAUUCUCUUGGUCAGUCAAGGUGAAGAGUUACUUGGUAUGGUCGGUCUCAUGACUUGCAUCCGUCAGGAAGCUGGUGGUAUGAACGUGAGAUACGUCUUCAUUCAAGACAAGAACGCCUCAAAAUUCUCACUUACCGAUGACUUCUAUGCCGCUCAAAUGAAGAAGCAACUCAUGGCUAAUGUUCUCAAAGGAGGUCAGUGGGGUUCGUACAGACAUCUCAGACUCGAUCAACAGACUGAUGUGUCGUCGUUGUACGUCGAACACGCUUAUAUCAAUGCUCUGACCAAAGGUGAUCUUAGUAGUUUGAGGUGGAUUGAAGGACCUCUCAGUUACUAUCAGCCUGAAAAAUUCCCGGGUAAAAAGUUUUGCAGCGUGUACUAUGCUCCACUUAACUUCCGAGACAUCAUGUUGGCUACAGGAAAACUCAAUGCCGAUGCAUUGCCAGGUGAUCUGGCAAGUCAAGACUGUAUCUUAGGUCUUGAAUUCGCCGGCCGCGACUCGAUGGGUCGUCGAGUUAUGGGCAUGGUUGCUGCUCAAGGUCUCGCCACUACGGUCUUAGCUGAUCCUGGCUUCAUGUGGGAAGUACCAGAUAAAUGGACUCUCGAGCAAGCCGCAACUAUCCCAGUCGUUUAUUCCACCAGUUAUUAUGCUUUAUGCGUCAGAGGAAAUAUGAAGUCUGGUGAAAGUGUAUUGAUUCAUGCUGGAAGUGGUGGUGUUGGUCAAGCCAGUAUUGCUAUUGCCUUGCAUAUGGGAUGCAAAGUCUUUACUACUGUUGGCUCGCAGGAGAAGCGUGACUUCUUGAAAAAGACUUUCCCACAGUUGAACGACCGCAACAUCGGUAACUCUCGAGACACUAGCUUCGAGCAACUCAUACUUAAUGAAACCGACGGUCGUGGAGUCGAUCUCAUUCUCAACUCACUUGCCGGCGAGAAGCUUCAAGCCAGUGUAAGAUGUUUGGCUAUUGGCGGUCGCUUCCUCGAAAUUGGCAAAUUUGACUUAUCAAAUAAUGCAGCGCUCGGCAUGUCGCUGUUCCUUAAGAAUACUUCCUUUCACGGAAUUCUUUUGGAUGCUCUUUUCGAUGUUGACUGCCCAGAAAAGAAAGAACUGGUUAGACUUGUUAGUGAGGGUAUCAAGAAUGGCGCUGUUCGACCACUUCCUGCUACUGUUUUCAGCGAACAACAGAUUGAACAAGGUUUCCGAUUCAUGGCAACAGGCAAGCAUAUUGGUAAAGUUUUACUGAAAAUCCGCGACGAGGAAUCCCAGAAAGUCACUCAGCCAACUCAAAAAACUGUCGCAUCAAUCCCACGUACAUACAUGAAUCCUGAUAAGUCAUACAUCCUUAUCGGUGGUCUUGGAGGUUUCGGUCUGGAACUUGCCAACUGGCUUAUCAGUCGCGGAGCCAAACACAUUGUCCUCACUUCGCGAUCUGGCGUACGAACUGGCUAUCAGUCGCUUUGCAUUCGUAGGUGGCGCAGUAAUGGUAUCAAUGUUAUGAUUUCUACCGAAGAUGUUACUACGGCUACUGGAGCCGAAAAACUUAUUAAAACAACUAAUAAAUCAGCUCCAGUUGGUGGUAUUUUUAACUUGGCUGCAGUAUUAAAAGAUGCGCUAAUAGAGAACCUUGAAGAAAGUCAUUACAAGGUAGUAACAUUGCCAAAGGUUGAUGGCACAAAGAACCUCGACGCUGCAUCUCGAAAACUCUGCCCAGCUUUAGAUUACUUUGUUGUAUUCUCAUCUGUCUCUUGCGGUCGCGGAAACGCCGGUCAGACAAAUUACGGCUUAGCCAACUCUGCUAUGGAGCGGAUUUGUGAACAACGUCAAGCCAUUAGCCUACCUGCAUUAGCCAUACAGUGGGGAGCUAUUGGUGACGUCGGUCUCGUUCUCGAAACGUUGGGUAACAAUGAAACGGAAGUUGGUGGUACAUUGCCUCAACGUAUGACCAGCUGUCUCACCACCAUGGAUACAUUCCUACAACAACCACAUCCCGUCCUUGCUUCGAUGGUUUUGGCUGAGAAACGUAAGUCCUCCGAUUCUGGAAGUCAGAUCGGUCUUCUAGAAGCAGUUGGUAACAUCUUGGGUGUCAAGGAUGUUAAGACCAUCAAUCCAAACAAUAGUCUAGCUGAUUUAGGAAUGGAUUCGCUAAUGGGUACCGAAAUCAAACAAACUCUAGAGAGAAACUAUGACAUUGUACUUAGCCCUCAAGAGAUCCGAGGACUCACGUUCGGCAAGCUCAAAGAGUUCGCUACUGGCAGCAGCGAAACAUCUGAGCCAUCCAAUACGUCUGUAAACACUGUUUCAUCAUCCACGGAAAGUGGUCCUGACGAUAUGUUAUUCCAAUUAUCGGGUUCAGAAAUUGUACCUAAAGAGACACUCCUCAAGCUCAACACUCGAAAAUCUGAAGGCAUACCGAUAUUCGUCGUCUCGGCAAUCGAAGGAGUGAUCGCUUCACUCAAAUCGCUCGCGCAAGAACUCGAUCGACCAGUUUACGGACUUCAGUGCACUAAGAACGCGCCACUCGGCACCAUUACCGAAUUUGCUCAGUUUAACGUUAAACAGAUGAAGGAAGUGCAAAAACAAGGACCGUACAGACUCGUCGGUUAUUCCUUUGGAGCACUUGUUGCUUUUGAAAUGGCUUUACAAUUGGAACAGAUGAGCGAACAGGUGAAUCUCACACUUAUAGAUGGGUCGCCCGAGUUCAUCACACAGCACUGCCAAACUAUUGGCAAACAAACUAAACAAAAUAGUGAAAAUCUCGAGGCUGACGGCACGAGAAAAGCGCUUGCUUUCUUCACCCGGCAGAUGAACUCUAACAUUGGUUUCUUGAAGGCAUACAGCAUUCUCAAAGAUACGCAAAACGAUGACGAAAUGUUCAAGAAAAUGGUGGAAUUAAUUGGAAGCACGCCAUUCUCACCUGAAGAUUUGAAGGAAGCUGGCACACUGUUUUUCAAGAAAUUGAGGGCAGCUAAUUCUUACAAACCAACCGGCAAAUACCAAGGCCCCAUCACGCUUAUUAAAGCCAAAGAUAACUUCGUGUCACUAAACUCUGAUUACGGACUUGCACAGAUUUGCAGGCAGAAUGUGAAAAUUGAAGAACUUUUUGGCAACCACAGAAGUAUUAUGGUCGGUGAUAGCGUGAAAAAAAUAGCCGAAGUACUUCGGGCUUAGAGACUGUAGGCUUUAAAUAACGCAUAUUUCUAAAUGCAAAGGAGAUUUUAUUCGCUGAGCUCUCGAAGUCUUGAAAAUUCAAAGUCAAGCAGACUGUCUUUUGUAUAAAUGUUUAUCAGCGUGAAAUGUCUCUUUGCACGUCAUCAAUUCACAUGUCAUAUGUUAAAAGUUUCGCAUUAUCUCAUAGUCGUCUUGCGUGUACUGAUUAUUAAUGUACAGAUUAUUAUUCAUUUUUAUUCUUAUUUUUCCUUUGCGCCGAAUGAUCGGGAAUAGGGAUAUAACAAACAACCAAAAACAAAAUCUAAUUGGUUUGUCUUUUUAAAUUUUCUUUUAUAAACAUUUACAUUCAAAUUAAAACUUGUAACUUUUUCCACAUUGACUUAUCAUUUUUAUGAGCCUUUUCGUACAUUCCUAUUCUUGCUCAUUGUCUUUCCAGAUAAUUCCGAGCCUUUCAUAUCAUUUAAAUUUAGAUAGUUUGCUCUUAUACGAUUUUUCGAUGUUCACUAGUGGACAAAUGAUCAUUGUCAAGUUGUAUGAGGCAACGUAUUUAUUGCGAAUUUUUUCUAAUUAACAUUGUUUAAUCAAUUGUAGAUUACGCGUACAAAUUGUGUUGAGAUGAUUUUGAAAAAUUUCACAGAAAUACAUGACUGUCAAAACAACUUAUCGUUUUCUAGGCAGUUCUUUUACUUUGAAAAAGGUCUACUAGUGUAGAUUAAAGAUUUAAUCUGAAUGUUGCGGUACACAUAUAAAAAGAUACGUUUUUUAAACACAUUUUUUUCGAAACAAACGUUUUCUUCGGCAUCAAAGCUGAACUAAAGGUAAUUUACUGAGAACUGCGCACAUUUUAGGUUUCAAGUAUAUAGUUUACAUCAGAUUAGAUAGUCUCUGUAUGAUGCGGCAUACAGACGAAAAAGUUGUAAGCUCAUGUGCAUUUAUUCUAAGUUAUACUCAAACAAUGUAUAACACAUUGUUUCUUGUAGAAACAAAUAAAAGGAGUUAAACUA